AUGCCUUUGUCUCAAGUCCUGCAACAUCUAUUGAAGGCUAACUUGAUCACCACGAAAGAUCCUCCAAAGAUUGUCAACACUGCAAAUCCAACUUAUGAUCCUAAGGUUACAUGUGCUUAUCAUUCCAAUGCUCCUGGACACCAUGCGGACAAUUGUUGGGCACUGGGAAACAAAGUCCAGGAUAUGAUACAAGCUGGUGAAAUCGAAUUCAACGCUCUAGAGACUCCUAAUGUCAUCACUGCUCCUAUGCCAAAACAUAAUACGACUAUUAAUGCUAUCAUGGAUGUAGUCUAUGUCCAUGAUGUGAGAGAUCUGUCAACUCCUCUCCCGGUCAUCAAAAGAAAGUUGUUGCAAGCCGGUUUAUUUCCGGGUUGCGAUGUGGGUUGUUAUUAUUGUGCGUCCCAACCCAAUGGUUGUGAGAAUCUGAAAAGAGGAAUUCAAGGUUGGAGGGAUCGUCGCACUAUCAUGUUUGAAAAGAUCCCUUCUGUAGAGAAUUUGUGCGAAGGUUUCUCCCGUGGCUUGAAGAUUGAAGACCCUGGCCCAAUUUCGUAUUCUUCUGAUAAGGCUAUCCCUUGGAACUAUGGUGCCGAGGUCUAUAUUCAAGGAGUUAAACAAGAACUUGUAGCUGAUAAGGUUGCUGAAGACACUAAUCCUGACGUGGGUAAUAUUUCCGGAACUAGUAAAGUAACAAGAAGCGGAAGAGUGUUUUCUCCAGAAAUCUCUCCAAACACUGCUGCACCUACUGGUACCCCUAUUCCUAAUCAGGAUGCUGAUACCAGAGGUAAAGGGCCGUUGCUUGAACCCAUCCAGACACCGGUCGAGAUUGUUACUGAAAAUCCAUCUCCUGAAGAAGAAAAUGAGUUCUUGAAGAUCAUUCGCAAGAGUGAUUAUGACAUUUUUGAACAGAUGGGGCAUACUCCCUCCAAGAUCUAUAUGCUGUCACUCCUAAACAAUUACCUUGGGUUUUCCGAUGCUGAUCUAAGUCCCAGUAGAAGGAAUCAUAACAAGGCUCUUCACAUCUCCAUUGAAUGUGGGGGCACCACUCUAGCCCAUGUAUUAGUUGACAAUGGUUCAUCCCUGAAUGUGCUACCCAAGAUGGUAUUAGACAAACUCAACCCCAGAGGAAUCGUGCUGAAAUCCAGUGAUGUGAUAGUAAAAGCUUUCGAUGGUUCGAUGAGUACGGUAUAUGGCGAAGUUGAGCUCCCAAUCAGAGUAGGUUCUCAGAAUUUCAACACUUGUUCUAUGUGA